CUUUGUGAGGAUUGGAGAAAAAACUGUCAACGACAAAGUGGCGUCUUUUGACAUGGCGUUUUAGUGCGACAAAAAAUUUUUUCUUGUUGCCUUCGUCAAUGCGAUCAUAUUUAUCUAAACUAUUGUUAAUCUACUAAACAAUUAUGGCUAUGUCAACAGCUCACAGAUAACAUGAAGGUUGUUGUCAAAAAGAUAUAAUGGAAUUUGAGAAUGCACACAACACGCCCUAAAAGAAAAAUAUUAUAUUUGAAAAAGUUUAAUAUCCGGUAUCAAGAAAACUUAGAAGUUGAUACUGUGGAUUAUCAAUAUAGUGAUGAGUUGAUGGCAACAACCAAUUUUACCCAAUGCGGUAAUCCGAUUUAUGGUAAUUGAAAUCCUACGUUUCAAAAUAUGCAACACUAUUGACCCUUCAGCAGUUCAACUCGUCUAUCCCUGGUCACCAUAACGAUAAAUAAAGAUCUGAUUGUCAAUUGUUCAUUAGUAUGGUCAUUAUCAGCCAAAGAAGAUUUAACUGAUAUUCUGUUUUGAAAAGAACCAUCUGGUUGAAACCAUCGUAUUAAAACAACGGCAGGGGGGGAGUAGAAGUUGCAAAACUGAACCUUCAACUCUAUCUUUAUCAAGAAUACACUGGCUCUUAUUUUGUUUUCAUAUAGUUUCUAUCUUUAUUCAAUGACUUUGAUGGCAAACAGACAAAGGUUUGUGUCUACUAGUAGAUGAUAUAUUCUUGUUUAUACGUCAAAAUGUUAGAAAGCAGUGUCAGUUCAAGAAAACGAAGAAAGGGACAAGAUGUUGAUUGUGUGCACACUAAUUUGUCUGAUAAACAUUUAAGACGUUACAUCCUCGAGUUGGCUAAAGAACCGAUCAUAUUUUUGGACCAAAUAACCUCCUGGAAAUGCCUAAAUUGGACGCCUAAAAGUUUAGCGAAAGAUUUGUUUGAUGUACGAACAAGAUUUCGAUUAUGUCCGCGUAUUACCUCUGAGAAGUAUCGCUUUCCAGCUAAGCAAGCUGUGAUGGAAACCGAAUGCGAUUACGUCGUUGCCACCAUAAGCGAAUUUUACCAAUGGUUAUCUUUAGAUCAUGAGAAAUUGCCGAAUAAUAAUCCUUUUGCGCAGUUUCUUCAAAAAGAUUACACAUGCUAUGCAGAUUACAAAUACAUGAAAGAAUUAUUUGUCAAAUGUCCUGAAAAGCACCAUGAAGUUGAUUGGUCAUAUCUUGGUUUUCCUGAAAGAAACGGUGAACAUUCAGCCUUGUGGUUUGGCACUGCCGAGUCGUUUACACCAUGCCAUUAUGACAGUUAUGGAUGUAAUCUGGUUGCACAAAUCUAUGGCAGGAAAAGGUGGUUAUUGUUUCCACCUGAACAGGGAGAGUUCCUCUAUCCCACUCGCAUACCAUAUGAAGAGUCAAGCGUGUUCAGUCAAGUCAAUGUUAAAAAUCCUGAUACAACAAAAUAUCCCAAAUUUCAACAUGCUAGGGCGCACGAGGUAAUUCUCGAACCUGGUAAUGUACUUUUUAUUCCAAAACAUUGGUGGCAUUAUGUUGAAAAUUUGGAAACCUCGAUUAGUAUCAACACCUGGAUGGAAAUAGAUUCAGACGACUACGAUCGUGUUGAGGAAUCAGUAACAAGAGCGAUUAUAUGUUCUUUAAGAUCAAAAGACAACAAAACAUGCAGGGACAAACUUUGGGCUACUCCAUCUAUGAGAGAGGAAGAUUUGUCAUUUGAAGAGAGCCUAAGGUUGUGUCGAAAAGCUGUGGUGGCCUAUUACAACCGAAAUACAAAGCGAGGCAAUGAAGUAGAAGAAACGAGGACGAAGGAACUCAGUGUUGAAGAUUUCAUGAAUGCAGUUGUUUCACCAGACGUUGUGAGAAUUAUUACCGAGAAAAUUUUUGAUCUAACAAAGUCUCCUUAAAACCUAAAAAUAGUGCCCACUUGCUUGUUUUAACGAGUUGCUUUACAGUAGAAUGCAUCGCAAGAAAAUGUCGUUCAACACGGGAUGAUUUCUGCCUUUCAAUGUAUACAUGCACGCUAAGCAACGCAUAUAGCGACAUUCUCAAUCAACCUGUUGAUAAAUAUAUGUAUGAGAAAACGCCAUUUGUGCGACAAUGCCAAUUGCUUCAGGUGUCUUCUUUGGGCGAUGUGACAAAAUGGCGUCGAAGUUUUCUUGCAUAAACAGUAAAUGGCCUUUCCAGGUACGCAAACCUUAUGGGCGGCGGUUGGUUGAUGCGUAUUGUAUGAACUUUUAUUUAUACCUAUGCAUUUUUUUCUCCAAUUCAUUCUCGAGCUCAUCACGAAGACUUUUCAAAUUGUCCUAGAAAGUGAAAAAGAAAAAUGGUGACGCUGUUUUUUACUGAUAUUUACGUAGUUUAUGUUUUAUGACGUCAAAAACACCUUAAAAUGUCAUUAAACACUCUUAUUCAUUUAUUAAAUAUGAGGUACAAGAGGAUACAAACUAA